AUGGUCAGUAUAUUGGGAGCCAAUCGGUGGCGGUCCAAGCACCCGGCCCAUCAUCUUUUGGGGAAGAUGGACGAGCAUCGCCGAGGGUUUUGCAACCUGGUUGGAAAGGAACUCCACUGUCUUCACUUUCUGCUUGGAAGUUCAACUGAUAGAGAUCAAAAAGUUCUUUGUCCAUCUAAUAUUUGCUCUUUGUAUAGUUUCCUUAUGUUAGUGCUUGAGAUUGUGAGAGGAAAAAGAAACAGAGGAUUUUCUUACAGUGAUCAUCACAAUAACCUUCUUGGACAUGCAUGGAUGCUUUAUAGAGAAGGUAGAUCUUUGGAAUUAGUUGAUGCUUACCUUGGCAUCUCAGACUAUUUAUCAGAAGUGCAGCGAUCAAUUCAUGUGGGACUGUUAUGCGUUCAACAUUGUCCAGGAGAUAGGCCAAGCAUGUCUUUACUAGUAUUGAUGUUGGGGAAUGAAGGUGUGUUGCCUCAAGCUAAACAACCUGGUUUUUUCACAGAAAGAGAUUUAUUUGCUGCUGAAAGUUUAACCAGCACAACUGCAGCAACUUCAUUAAACCAUUUGACCAUUUCAAUGCCUGAAGCACGAUAA